CUUCAACAAAUUGUUUUGUUGCUUCUAUCAAGUUCCUUAUAUUUUGCGAUCUCGAGGUUUCUCUCUUUUUUCAUGGAUACUAUGGCCGCGGCUCCGCAGUGGACGAGGGCCGAUGACAAGGAUUUUGAGUCAGCUCUGGUUAUAUUCCCGGAGGGUUCGCCGUAUUUUUUAGAGAAUAUCGCUCAAACUCUGAAGAAAACGGUGGACGAGGUGAAUAACCACUACAACACGUUGGUCCACGAUGUUGAUCUGAUCGAAUCGGGUAAGUUUGUUUUGCCCAAAUACCCGGACGACGAUUACGUGACACUGACGGAAGCAAGUCCGUCCAGAAACAAGGGCACUGGGAAAAAGAAUGGAAUUCCAUGGUCACAAAAUGAACACAGGUUGUUUCUGGAAGGACUAAAUAAGUUUGGGAAAGGAGACUGGAAGAACAUAUCGAGGCAUUGUGUGAAGUCAAGGACAUCGACGCAAGUGGCAAGCCAUGCUCAGAAGUAUUUCAAUAGGCUAAAACGGGGGAUUACGGAUGGGAAACGCUCGAGUAUCCAUGACAUGACUCUGGGAGAUGUGGAAAAUGUCCCAGGAUCCAACUUGACGUGUAUGGACCAGCAGCCACAUUUUGGUGACCAAAUUUCUUGGAAUCAAUGUUACCUCUCCCAGGAAAACUUUCCGGUUUUCCGGUGAUGAUGAUGGGUGUAUGGCAAACUUUAAAGAACUAUAUUACGCAUAAGUUUUUUAGUUCUAGGGAUUUAGAGUUUUUUGGUGUCGGAGUUUUGGUUUCUGGUGUAGACUUUAGUUUUAAAAGAAACUUAAAUGGUAACUUUUUGAUUUUAUCGUUUCCAACUCCUUUACUAUAGAAAACAGAGUAGUGACUCUAUUAACGAAAAGGUUUUAUUAGUCCCUUUGACUUAGUCCUGCUACUGUUGGAUUAGUUUUCUUCACCCUUGAUGAUAGUGAUACGUGCUUCAGCCCUUGCCAAAACCGGUCCUACAAUUUAUGUAGUCUAAAGCAUAUUUGACUUUGAAAAAAAAAAUUAAAAAUUUUAAAAACAUCACCCAUGGAAACUCGAAACUGAGCGAGAAUUAACAUUUCAUACAAAGGUUUUGCCACUGGACUAAUAUAAUUUUUUAAGUAUGUGUCUCAUUUUUUUAUAUAUAAUUUGUGGCCCAAAGCAUAAGGUUUUAGCUGCCUUAUGGACGGGUCAGGCCUGGCCCUUGCCACAGAACGAGUAUAGUAAGCCGUAAUUGAAUCCUUAGAACAGAACACGAUAUAGCAAAAGCUUCCUUUUAACCCUAGUCUCUCUCUUCAGAAUAAGGUUAAGCUUGGAAGUUGGUUCUUUAUUAAUCUUAGGAGAUCUAUAUAUAGACCUCAUUACAAACUCCAAACCUUAAUCUAACGUAAAAGGAAAAACCCAAUUACCUUAAAGCUAAAGGAAACAUCAAAACUAAAACAUGUAAACCGACUUAAGUAGCAACUGACUUCCUACGAUGGUAUGUGAUACCGAAUCUCUUAUCAGAUAGCCAAUUCAUACACCUAUGUUCCUGAAUUCAUGAAGAACAUUAAACAAGAAACGAACUGCGUAUGUAGACCUAAUUUUCUUAUAGCAAAACCAUACACAAUAAUAUGACAAUCAAAUAGAAUAUGACUUUGUGAAAGUAAUACUUAUGAACAUGACAACAAACAAAAUCUUUUUCUAUAUAUGCAUAUUUGUCUUGAUGUGGGUGUGUGUGUUUGGAGCUGCCAGCGUCUGGUCUCUUUUGAUCAAGCGUCUGGCUUUGUUACGGCUAAGGUGCAUAGGAAUCUUCUCCAUUCUCGUGCUCCAUCGAACUUCCUCUCGGUUUACUUCGAAAUCAUGCUUCUCCGAUUUAUGUCCAAGCCACUUUGUUGUUGUAUUGCCUUGAUCUCGUUGUGUUCUUUUGUUUGCUGCCUCGUUUUGGAGUUGAUCUUGUGUUGGCUUGUGCUUUGGUUUGUGGAUAGUUAACUUCGUGUUUAGAGGAGCUAGUAAGACCUUGGGAUGUUAA